AUGGCAAAAGCCGUAGAGAAAAAAGUAGCUGAGAAGAGACCAACGAAGAAGAAGGACACAGAGAAGAAAAUCCCAAAGGAAGGAGAAACAUGGAAAAAGAGAUCAAAGAAAAGCAUUGAAACCUACAAGAUAUAUAUAUUCAAGGUUCUCAAACAAGUUCAUCCUGCCAUUGGUGUUUCAAGUAAAGCUAUGGGAGUUAUUAACAGUUUCGUGAACGAUAUCUUUAAGAAACUCGCUCAAGAACUGUUGAGACUCGUGCGUUAUUAUAUAGAUACGAAUUUUAACAUAUAA